CGGCGGAGGAGACACGGGGGCCAUUUUGUGAAGAGACGAAGACUAAGCGGUGCGGCUGAGUCGUCGACCUCGAGCAGCAGUUGGCUUCUCCACGUAGAACCCGGGAGUAGGAGAUUCAGAAUCGAAUCUCUUCUCCCUUCCCCCUCCUGGUUACAAAUCACUUGAAAUAUAUAAGUUAGUGGAACUUUGCUUGAGGGCAGCAAGGCGAACCCCAUCCCUACUCACUGGAGCUCAGCUUUGAUUUUUAACCUCCCUUCCCCACCCUUCCAGAACACACACAUUCCCAUUCCAAAACUGAUUUUAUAAAGACAUUUUAAACAUAAUGAUGCAACUUGGUGUGCACUACUGCAAAUUUACAGUGAGAUUUUUUUGAUCUUCAGCUACAUUUUUCAGCUUUGUGAAGAACCUUAACAUCAAAGAAAAUGGCCAGCAAUGUCACCAACAAGACAGAUCCUCGCUCCAUGAACUCCCGUGUAUUCAUUGGGAAUCUCAAUACUCUUGUGGUCAAGAAAUCUGAUGUGGAGGCGAUCUUUUCAAAAUACGGCAAAAUUGUGGGUUGCUCUGUUCAUAAGGGCUUUGCCUUUGUUCAGUACGUUAAUGAGAGAAAUGCCCGGGCUGCUGUGGCAGGAGAGGAUGGCAGAAUGAUUGCUGGCCAGGUUUUAGAUAUUAAUCUGGCUGCAGAGCCAAAAGUGAACCGAGGAAAAGCAGGUGUGAAACGAUCUGCAGCGGAGAUGUACGGGUCAGUACCAGAACACCCUUCUCCGUCCCCUCUACUCAGCUCCUCUUUUGACUUGGACUAUGACUUUCAACGAGAUUAUUAUGACAGGAUGUAUAGUUACCCAGCACGUGUUCCUCCUCCUCCUCCUAUUGCUCGGGCUGUAGUUCCUUCAAAACGCCAGCGUGUAUCAGGAAACACCUCACGAAGAGGCAAAAGUGGCUUCAAUUCUAAGAGUGGACAGCGAGGAUCUUCUUCCAAGUCUGGAAAGUUGAAAGGUGAUGACCUUCAGACCAUUAAGAAGGAGUUGACCCAGAUAAAACAAAAAGUGGAUUCUCUACUGGAAAGCCUGGAAAAAAUUGAGAAAGAACAGAGCAAACAAGGAGUAGAGAUGAAGAAUGAUAAGUCAGAAGAGGAGCAGAGCAGCAGCUCCCUGAAGAAAGAUGAGACUAAUGUGAAGAUGGAGUCUGAGGGGGGUGCAGAUGACUCUGCUGAGGAGGGGGACCUACUGGAUGAUGAUGAUAAUGAAGAUCGGGGGGAUGACCAGCUGGAGUUGAUCAAGGAUGAUGAAAAAGAGGCUGAGGAAGGAGAGGAUGACAGAGACAGCGCCAAUGGCGAGGAUGACUCUUAAGCACAUAGUGGGGUUUAGAAAUCUUGUCCCAUUAUUUCUUUACCUAGGCGCUUGUCUAAGAUCAAAAUUUUCACCAGAUCCUCUCCCCUAGUAUCUUCUUCAGCACAUGCUCACUGUUCUCCCCAUCCUUGUCCUUCCCAUGUUCAUUAAUUCAUAUUGCCCUGCGCCUAGUCCCAUUUUCACUUCCUUUGAUGCUCCUAGUAGUUAUGUUAAGUCUUACCCUGUAAUUUUUGCUUUUAAUUUUGAUACCUCUUUAUGACUUAACAAUAAAAAGGAUGUGUGGUUUUUA